UAUAAAUUUUAAUGAAUUUUUAUGCAGCAAUCUCAAAUUUAAGUCUUACAGAAAUUAGGUUGCAAGAAUAUAUGUUUUACCUACAUGAAAAGUAUCUUUCUAACAUUCAGACACCAAUAUUUACUCAGGCCGUCGCGCAAUAAGUAUAAAGCUAUCCAUUUAAGACAUGAAACUCGAAAAUUUUAACAAGAACACAUAAUUUGACUAUGAGGAUUCAAAAUACACAUUAUCUUGCUGACAAAAUGACCUGCCUCCUUGUUUGGACACCUGAAUUUACGUUGAUGCCACUCUCACCAUUCUAAUGGAAGCUUCUCUUCGACAAAAUCUCCAUUGGUCAAAUAAGUACUACCAAUUCUAUUGUAUUGAUCGAGUAAAUAACUCCCACCUAUGUGUUUUCUCCUCUUAACUCAAUACUUGAACAACGUUUCCUGUCAAUCCCUCUGCACAAACACGACUGCUACUCCUUCAGGCCAUGUCUUGGUUUAUCCUACUCCUAACCAUAGCCUUGGUCUGUGGUUCAGCACCUGUGUUUGCUGAUGAUGAUGAGCGAUAUCUGAACUGCAUGAAGUCAUUUGAUUGCGGAAAUAUUAAGGGUGUUGGUUAUCCUUUCUCGGGAUCCGAUAGGCCUGAUUACUGUGGCUAUCCCGGGUUUGAGCUCGGUUGCAGCAACCAAGAUCCGGAGAUCACAAUCAUGCGAUCGACUUACAAACUCCUUGGCAUCAAUAACCAAUCGCGGACUCUCAACGUUUCUAGAUCAGAUUACACAGAAAAUCUAUGUCCUGCUCUCCUUUCCAAUACCUCUUUGAAUCCAAACCUCUUGAAUUACACUUCAGAUCAUGCUGAGGUAACACUGUACUAUGGUUGCCCUAGUCCAAGCGCACCAGCGUUAUCAUCUCAGUUUACUUGCGACAUUAACGACACUGUUAUGAUGGGAUACUUUAUAACAGUCAACCUCUCUGUCAUUAGUAUGACUGAUCCCAGCUUAAUCAGCUACCUGACAACAUGCAACAAUAGUGUUAAAGUUCCUGCCCUUCAAUCAGCUGUUAUGCCAAUUCUAGCCAAUCCAACUGUAGCACAGUUGCUUGAAGCUAUUAAUCAAGGUUUUGAGUUGGAGUGGAGCGCAAAUGAUUCGUUAUGUGAUACAUGCAAAUCUUCUGGUGGUCAGUGUGGGUACAACCAGACCACUACAGCAUUCACUUGUUACUGUGCGGAUCAACCUCAAGGUUUUGAAUGCUCAGCAUCACCACAGGCACCUAGUCAAUCAACAAAGAAGAAGUCUCGAAACAGUCCACUCGAAAUUGGACUUAGCUCAGCAGGUGCUGUUAUUGGUGCCUUUGUGGGAUGCUGGAUGUUGGCCUUUAUACAACGGAGGAGAAGAAAAGCUGCCCUAGAGAAAACCGAAGAACUUCCUAUAGCAACUCCUUCAAGCAAAGGCCUUGCUACCUCAACUAAUCUCUCUCAAACCACCCCUUCUCUUACCUCCUUAAAGUCUGACAUUGAUAAGGGUAGUACCUACUUUGGAGUUCGGGUUUUCAGCUAUGAUGAACUUGAGGAAGCAACCAACUUUUUUGAUUCUUCAAGAGAACUUGGAGAUGGAGGGUUUGGCAUUGUUUAUUAUGGUGUCCUCAGGGAUGGGCAUGAGGUUGCCGUCAAGCGCCUAUAUGAGAACAACAUGAAACGUACUGAGCAGUUUAUGAAUGAAAUUGAGAUCCUAGCCCAUUUACAACACCGGAAUCUGGUGAAGCUUCACGGAUGUACCUCCAGGCACAGCCGCGAAUUUCUUCAGAUUGAUUAG